CUCGACAAUGGCCGCCGUUACAUGACUGUGUGAGGAGGCGGGGCUUUAAUUUAACAAUUGAGGCGCUUCACUGGGUUGCAGCCAAUAAGUAUCGGUGAUAAGCGAGCGCAUCUGCUUGCCGCUGCAGCCUCGCUUCCUCUGGCCGGAUGUGCGGGAGCCAGAACCCCGGACUCCAAUGACAUUUGUACCGGAGGCGCCGCUGGCGGGGACGCCACCGACUCAGAUCUCAUCCAUGUGAGGCUGAUGUUUGCACCCGGAGAGUCCCCAGGAGCUUCAUUGCGCCUCCCCUUCACCUCCAUUACCUCUCCCUGUGUGAAGGGGCAUGCCUUCUGUACCCAGCCUUAGCAGUAAGGAGAUGUUGACAGGACAGAGGCUAUGCCAUUCAAAGUCCCACCAGGACUCUGUUCUCUCUGCCCUCAACCAGCAGAGGAAGGACGGCCUGCUGUGCGACAUGACGCUUGUCGCUGGUGAGCAAAAAUUUCACGCCCACAAAGCGGUCCUGGCAGCAUGCAGCGAUUAUUUCAGGGCCAUGUUCAGCCUUUGCAUGGUGGAGAGUGAGGCAGAUGAAGUGACUCUGCAAGGAGUGACCAGCGUUGGGCUGAAGCAUGCUUUAGAUUUUGCCUACACAGGACAGAUUCUGCUGGAGCCGGCUGUUAUCCAGGACGUCCUGUCUGCAGGCAGCCACCUUCAGCUGCUGGAGCUCCUCAGCCUCUGCUCACACUACCUCAUCCAGGAACUAAGCAGCGUGAACUACCUGGAGCUGUACCGGGUGGCUGACCUCUUCCACCUGCCCGCCUUGGAGCAGGCCGUGGUGGGCUACCUGGUGGAACACCUGUCUGAGCUGAGCCAGGGCCGGCAGGACGAGGCUCUGCAGCUGCCCUUCCGCCUCCUCAGAGAAGUGCUGAAGAGCGACCGCCUCACCUCGCUCAGCGAGGAGGAGAUAUGGAAAUUGGUGGUUCUGUGGCUGGAACAUGACUGUCGCUACCAGUACACCGAGGAUCUUCUGCAGCACGUCCGCUACGGCCUGAUGGACGUCCCCACCCUGCACCACCUGGCCCAUGGCCAUCCUCUUGUUCAAACCAGCCCCACUGCUGCCGCCCUGGUGGAUGAGGCCAUGGACUACCACCAUGCCACCUUUGCUCAGCCGCUCCACCAGUCGGCUCGCACCCGGCCCCGCUUCAAGUCCCUAACCCUCUACAUAGUGGGUGGCCGUAAGCGGGAGGUGAGCAGGGUGAGGGAGCUGCGGUACUUCAGCCCGUCGGGUCAGGAGCACGUUCGUGUGGGAGGAGGGUCGAACUGGAGCGAGCUGGCGCCCAUGCCCACGGGCCGCAGUCACCAUUGUGUGGCUGUGAUGGGCAACUUCCUGUUUGUUGUGGGUGGAGAGGUGGAGCAUGCCACCGGGAGGACGUGUGCAGUGAGAACUGCAUGUAGAUAUGACCCCAGGAGCAACCAUUGGACAGAGAUCGCCCCCAUGAAGGCCUGCAGAGAACACUUUGUCCUGGGGGCUUUGGGCCAGUACCUUUAUGCAGUGGGGGGCAGGAAUGAGCUGAGGCAGGUGCUGCCCUCUGUGGAGCGCUACUGCCCCAAGAGGAACAAAUGGAUGUUUGUCCAGGCCUUUGACCGCUCACUGUCCUGCCAUGCUGGCUGUGUGGCUGAAAACCUGCUCUGGGUAUCAGGUGGAGUUACAAACACUGCUCAGUACCAAAAUCGUCUGAUGGUGUACGACCCAGAACAGGACCAGUGGUUGGCCCGCAGCCCCAUGCUGCAGAGGCGAGUCUAUCAUGUCAUGGUGGCCGUGAGGAGGAACCUUUAUGUGCUCGGAGGAAACGACCUGGACUACAACAACGACCGCAUCCUGGUCCGCCACAUCGACUCCUACGACAUGGACCUGGACCAGUGGACCCGCUGCUCCUUCAGCCUCCUCACAGGUCAAAAUGAGUCUGGGGUGGCCGUUCAUGAUGACAGGAUCUAUGUGGUUGGAGGAUACUCCAUUUGGACCAAUGAGCCGCUGGCGUGCAUUCAGGUGCUGGAUUUAAGCACAGAGGGGAAAGAGGAGGUGUUCUACGGGCCAACGCUGCCAUUCGCCUCCAAUGGGAUAGCAGCAUGUUUCCUCCCUGCCCCGCACUUCACCUGCCCAAACCUGCAAACUCUACAAGUGCCCCAUCACAGGAUUGGUGCCGUUUAACCACACAGACUCUGAACUGAGAACUCUGGACGGCCAGAGCUGCAAACAAGCUGGAACUGACUCAGUUUAGACACACAAAAAUAUAGAAAAUACUGUACUUAUUCACAAGAGCCACAAGGCUUUUAUGAGGAGGUCGCUGCCAGGUCAAUGGGGCAAAUUUGCAUUUCCUUUCCAAAGGCGGAUGUUGUGUAAAUCUGAGGGAAGCCUUCAGAGGAAAGACGACAAUCGUGGAAACAGGUGAAGUACAGGUGGACGACAAAGAUUGAUGAGCUCACUAACUAAUACGAGAUAUUUCAAGACAGAAACUCUUGCAAGCCUUUAUAGGGCUAUAACAUAUUUGAUUUUUGAGCUAAAAACACAUUUAAUCUUCUAAUAACUUUUGUGUCCUGAAAAACCUUCAUCUUUUGCUAAAGUUGUAUUAGAAAUGUGCAUGAACUCCUGUUUUUAUAUAAAUGAGGUCAAACUUCAUCAAAAGAUGAACCUGUAAAAGGAGCGACACACUGCUGAAUGUGUGCUGUGACCUGUGGAUGCAACGCUUCGGUUUUUCUCAGGACCUAAAACAGCUCAUGUUUAAGACGAAUGUGAGGAUAAGGGAGGAACAUGUCAGAGAGGAUUGUGUGGAGUCUCACAAACUCCAUCUAACAUGGGAGAAAUGUGAUGCACUUCCCCUGUCUGUCCAAAGCAACACGUCUGCCUGAAAAUGGGCAGAAUAAAGAUGUAGUAAAAGAACA